AUGGAAGCUGUAUGGACACGAGAAAAUAUACGUUCAUUACAAAAUUUACUUAGGGAUCCCGAGUUGGAAGAUAAUAGUGAUCAGGAUGACGUAAUAACUCCAAUGUCUAAAAUGAAACCGGGCGAUAUUGGUCCCAAGUGUCGUUCUGAAGUCAAGAAAGAAAAACCUAAUGUGAAACAAAAGAAUCCUGAUGAUAUAUGGGAUAUUGAUGAAAUACCAGAAGGUACACAGCAUGAAUAUAUAUAUGAUCCGCGCCCUCAGCCCAAAUAUGAAAUAGUGUAUCAGCAAGCAGUAACAGCUGAAGAUGUCUAUUUACAACUUGGUAGAAAAAAUCCAACGACAGCUUGCUGUGAAUACAUGAUUGUCAAAGUAAUACUUCCAGAUACACGACUGUCUGACAUUAUUCUAGACGUCAAAGAAACAUUUCUUGAUCUGAGAGCACCUAAGUAUAAGCUUUUAUUAUAUCUACCAAAUCCUGUUGAACCAGAUUCAAGUAAAGCAGCUUGGAAUGAAGAUAAAGAAAUAUUAGAAAUAACAAUGAAAAAUAAAAGAGAGUAUGAUUUUAUAAAUGAAUAA